AUGAGGAAACAAGGUCUGUUGAUCGAGAACUACAGUUCCAUUAAGACAGCCAUCGAAACCGUGAAACAAAGCGCCGGGGGCCUCUACAUUGAGGCAGGAACAAAUUACUGUCUCGGCAUCAUCAAGAGGUGGAGGAUAUUCCCUAACGAAGCUCUUCAGCACCUGAGCAUCGCCUGCCGCCACCCCAGUUUCUAUCACGACAGCAUGCGGCACAUGGUGGAAAUAUGCUUGGAUCCUGGUGACCGCAUCACAGUUGAGACUUUGUUGCCCGAUGAUACAGAACAGUGGUCUUCUUCGACUGCACCAGAUGUCCAAGCUACCAACGCUUUCGAGGCAGAGAGGCUCCUGCAAGCGUGGCAUGCUGCAGGUCCGCCUGCGGAAAUGCGGCAAAGGCUGGUGACAUGGCAAAUUGAGGCACUAGCAUUCUCGAAGGAAAGAACAAAGAUGGACCUCGCGUUAAAAGCUGUAGGAGACCUGUUGCAACAUCGGAACGAUGUCCCACUCCUGCUUGCGGCAGCCGAAACAUUGCUUGUCAUGAGACAAACAAGCAAAGCUCGCGUGCAUCUCAGGCAGAUAUGUGAGUUGGCGAAGAAAGAUGUGGAUGGAACCGCCGAGCUUGAGACAGAACGCGCGUCUUUGCUCUUGGGUGAACUAUAUAUUCAGGCGGGAAAGAUUGACAGUGCUAUUCCUCUAAUAAAUCUUGUCACGAACAGGAAUAAAGAGUGCGCCCGUGCUUGGGAGCUGCUGGGCAUGUGCGCGGAAAAGCGAGGACACUACCACGAAGCUGCCGAUCACUACGGAAAGGCGUGGAGGCUCGCCGACGAACGUAAUGUAACCGUCGGUUACCGGCUGGCUGAUAGCUUGUUAAAGGCUAAGCAACCUGUCAAAGCUAUAACUGCGUGCCUCGCAGUUCUGCGGCAAAAACCUGACUUCCUCAAAAUCCGGAAGGAAGUUCUGGACAAAGCCCGUAGAGAUUUGCGCCCGUAG